CGCACCGCGCUCCGCUCCCGGCCCGCCGGCACCGCCUCUCGGCGCGCCUCGCCGCAGGACAUUAAGAGUUCGAGGAAAGCUUUCAAAGGGGAGUUUUAUGGGAAAGAAAUCGUAUUUUGUGGGGGUUUUUAAUAAUGAAGAAAACCAUCUGAAUUGCCUGAUGUUUCUGUGGUAAAGUAACUUACAUUCUUGCAGCACAGGAGGAAUUAUUUCCUGCAUUACAAAUUUGGAAGAAGUGUUAAAAAGUGAGAGUUGGAAAAUGGUUCUCUGAAAGAGGUGUGGAUGUAUCAGGAUGUAGCUACUGUACAAACGUCACACUUGGAUAAUUGUGGAUAGGAAAAAGCAUCCCUUUCCUGAUCUCCUGAAGAACCUCAGCAUAAUGAAUGGUUUCUAUCACGCGGCACUAAAGUUCCCUCCUCUGACUACUACGCUGCACAGAAGAGUUUGUAAGAGUUACAAAGAAAGUAAUUCCUGCUAAAGGCAUUAAAUCAAACAAAAGAGGCUCUUCAUUCACAGACCUUACAUGAGGACAAAAAUAGAAGGAAGCUGAAGCUUUUCUACACUGGGGCCUGGUGUGCUUAUGUACCAUGAUAAAUCUUGGUUGGAAUGCUCAUUGAGUGUCGUGCCAGGAGCCAGGAAACACACACCACCACCAAGGACCAUCUGAGUAAACACCAUCGAGAAGAAACUGCUUCAUGGAGUAAACCGUAAGAGUGACUGGGCAAAAAGACAUCUCUUUACUGGAUAUCCUCAAGCACAAAAUUUACUCAUACCUUUAAAUACGAUUGUUGAAGAUCAGAACUGUAUAGAAAUCUCAUCAUUCCUGACCAUGAUUAGUGUUACCUGGAGCAUCUUCCUAGUUUGGACUAAAAUAGGGCUGUUACUUGACAUGGCACCUUAUUCUGUUAGUGCCAAACCAUGCCCUUCAGUAUGUCGCUGUGAUGUGGGUUUCAUAUAUUGUAAUGAUCGCGAUUUGACGUCUAUUCCUACAGGAAUCCCAGAGGAUGCAACUACCCUCUUCCUUCAGAACAAUCAAAUAAAUAAUGCUGGGAUUCCUUCAGAACUGGAGAACUUGCUUAGGGUGGAAAGAAUAUAUUUAUACCGCAACAGCCUAGAUGAAUUCCCCACUAACCUCCCUAAGUACAUUAAGGAACUGCAUUUGCAGGAGAACAAUAUAAGGACCAUUACUUAUGAUUCACUUUCAAAAAUUCCUUAUCUGGAAGAACUGCAUUUGGAUGAUAAUUCUGUUUCUGCCGUUAGCAUUGAGGAUGGAGCUUUCCGGGACAACAUCUAUCUCAGACUUCUUUUUCUCUCUCGAAAUCACCUUAGCACCAUUCCCUGGGGUUUGCCUAAAACCAUAGAAGAGCUACGCUUGGAUGAUAAUCGCAUUUCCACAAUUUCCGAGCUGGCCCUUCAAGAUCUUACAAAUCUAAAACGCCUUGUUUUAGAUGGAAAUCUUCUCAAUAAUCAUGGAUUAGGAGACAAAGUCUUCAUGAAUCUAGUUAAUCUUACAGAAUUGUCAUUGGUCCGCAAUUCACUCACAGCUGCACCGGUGAAUUUGCCAGGAACAAACCUAAGAAAGCUUUAUCUCCAAGAAAACCACAUCAACCGUGUGCCACCCAAUGCUUUCUCUUACUUACGGCAGUUGUAUCGACUAGAUAUGUCCAAUAACAAUCUCAGCAAUUUACCUCAGGGUGUCUUUGAUGAUCUGGACAACAUCACUCAACUUUUUCUUCGCAACAAUCCUUGGCACUGCGGGUGCAAAAUGAAAUGGGUACGUGACUGGUUGCAGUCCUUGCCUUUAAAAGUGAACGUACGUGGACUGAUGUGUCAGGCACCAGAAAAAGUACGUGGGAUGGCUAUCAAAGACCUCAGCGCAGAACUGUUUGACUGUAAGGACGAUAGCGUGAUAAGCACCAUCCAAAUCACUACUGCCGUACCAAACACAUUAUACCCGGCCCAGGGCCACUGGCCCAUUUCUGUGACCAAACAACCAGACAUCAAGACUCCCAACAUAAAUAAAAAUUACAGAACCACAGCAAGCCCCGUACGCAAAAUCAUUACAAUAUUUGUGAAAUCCGUAAGCACGGAGACUAUUCACAUCUCCUGGAAAGUUGCACUACCCAUGACUGCUUUGAGACUGAGCUGGCUCAAGAUGGGUCACAGCCCUGCCUUUGGAUCUAUAACUGAAACGAUUGUUACAGGCGACAGGAACGACUAUUUGCUCACGGCCCUCGAACCAGAGUCACCAUACCGUGUGUGCAUGGUUCCCAUGGAAACCAGCAACAUCUAUCUCUCCGAUGAAACACCCGAAUGCAUCGAGACCGAGACGGCGCCUCUUAAGAUGUACAACCCUACUACCACCCUCAACCGGGAGCAGGAGAAAGAACCUUACAAAAACUCCAGCUUGCCCCUGGCUGCCAUCAUCGGCGGCGCGGUGGCGCUGGUGGCCAUAGGGCUGCUGGCCCUGGUCUGCUGGUACGUGCACAGAAACGGGUCCCUGUUCUCCCGGAACUGCACCUACAGCAAGGGACGCCGGAGAAAAGAUGACUAUGCUGAAGCAGGAACCAAGAAGGAUAACUCCAUCCUGGAAAUCAGGGAGACUUCUUUCCAAAUGAUACCAAUAACCAGUGACCAAGUGUCCAAGGAGGAAUUUGUAAUACACACCAUUUUCCCACCUAACGGCAUGAAUCUGUACAAGAACAGCCACAGUGAAAGCAGUAGUAACAGGAGCUACAGAGACAGUGGUAUUCCAGAUUCAGAUCAUUCACACUCAUGAUACUGAGGGACGGGAAAAACUGGUUUGGGUUUUGUUGGGUUUUUUGGGUUUGUUUUGUUUUUUAAAGAAAACAAGAAAAGACUGACUUAACAGUUGCUGUUCUACUGCAAAACACUGGAUUAAAAGACUGACAAAGCAAUGUACUGUACAUUUGCCAUAUAAUUUAUAUUUAAGAACUUUUUAUUAAAAGUUUCAAAUUUCAGGCUACUGCUGCGAUUAAUGUAGUGGGAAUACCUGACCACAAUUCUAUAUUUUAGUAUUUUUUAGUAAUUUGUACUGUAUUUUCCUUGCUAAUAUUGAAGUUACAGACCAUUUAACUUUUGUGUUCUACUGAGUAAGAUGACUUGUUGACUGUGAAAGUGAAUUUUCUUGCCGUGUUGAGCAGUCAGAACAUUCAUCUGAGAUCCUUGUAAGUGUAAGCACAGGCCAUUUUUCACUUUGGUAUCAAUAAAAUGAUGUUGAACCUGGCAAAUCAGGAAGAUCAAAAAGUGGUUACAAAAACUCACAGAACUUCCAGUGUUGGGUCUAUUAAAUCUGUAAACCACAACAAUAUUCAAUAAACAAAAAUGUGUGUAGUAAUGGGCAAUAUCAGCUGUCUGGAUAUAUCCAUUCAACAGUGGUGCAAUCCAAUUUAAAUGAGAAUAGUCAAAUUGAUGACAUGCAUGAGACUAAACCUUUUGACAAGUGUUUAAAAGACCUAAUCCCUAAAGGAAAGCAAAAUUCCUAACAAGGAACUUAAAAAAAAAAGUGUUAGGUUCUACAAACCAAGGGGGUAGAUACAGUUCAGGAAUAGAUUUUUUGUUUAUCAGAAUGAGUGGUCUGUAUAUUACAGAGAAAAAUAGUGAUGGAUGCUCACAGGCAUUUGGGAGACAAGGGCAGGAAGGCAGAGACGACACUUUGAAACUGCUUUGAAAAGGGCUGAAAGUGCAGUUUCACAAGAAAAGAGAACAGGACAAAACCCAAGGCAAUAAAAGCAAGAUCUCAAAAACUGUGGUCCCAAAGGUGAGCAGACAAAUGGGGAGUACAGCUGUCCUGAAGCAUAUACGAGUCUCUGUUCAGUGUACUGCUGUUACAGUCAGGAAUACUGCCCAUUACUGUCACAGUUAUCCAGAAAUUCCUUGGUGAAUAUGUAAGGUAACAUGUUUCUUUCUGCCUUCCUGCUGAACUAUGAGCUCUUUCAUGUUUAAACCCCAAGCCGCUCUUUGUUGCAAUAAUCAUUCUGUUUCUUCAACUAAAAACCAAAGUGCUUUGUAUGCCCUUUGGCCAGUCUUGUGUGUGCCUUGAUCCAAUGCUACAUGUAUCAAGCUUUUAAAAACUAAGAAAAAAGGAAAUAAUAAAAUACCCACUUUUUCAUACAUAA